AUGAGCGUCGACCAACCAGGCAGCAUAUGGAAGCGCGAUGAGGCAACAACCGAGCAACUCGCCUUCGCGAAAGCUAUUUCAAGAGAAUUUCAGCUCGAUUUGUUCGAAGACAAGAUCGGCUCUUUCGUCGAGAUAUUCAGUGUAAACAAGGAAUCUCGAUUCGCCAAGCUGGCCAAAAAACUUAAUGGACGUCUUCCAAAGCUCGGUAACAACUCGCAGCAGCAAAAGCUUGAUCAAUGCCAGGACCAAAGACAAAAUGCCGGUACCGAGGACGAGGUCUUCAAGAGUGGCCAAACUGUACUGCACUUCAUUCUUUCCUCGAAAUACUGCGGAAGCGGUUACGCGACACACCGGAUAAGUUACUACAGGGACGUUUACAAAGGAAUGAUCGAUUUGGUCGAGCGUCUGCUCGAGUCCGGCGCCAACCCCAACGUCAAGGACAAAAACGGCAAUACACCCCUGAGCUUGGCCAUCACGAGCAGCUACAGCUACGACGCGACCAAGCUACUGCUGGAGCACGGAGCCGACCCGCGAGGCGUCGACUUGUCCGUCAAGUGGUGGAACGAGAAGCAUCGAGCCGCUUGGCCGGACGCGACUCUCGCUCUGUUGCGCAUCCUCCAUCUACUGAAGAGCCGGGGAUACAAGAUGAGCAAGGCCGAGGAGUUGCAGGUGGCUUAUUUUUUCAUCCAUCCAUUUCAUAAAUAUAGCUUUGACACGUGCGGAAAUUAUUUGGAGUUUGCUUCCAUAAUUCAACUGGGACUAUUGUGGUUUGACAUUCAGAAGAAACCAUACAAGUACUUCGAAAAAGUCGGCGAUGGCUGUAAUAGUCCUCUUGAGAGACUUCGUAAAUAUUUCCUUGCCGUCAAGCGAGCUAACAUGAAUAUCGAAGAAGAUAAGAGAAAUUUUUUAGACGCGAUGAAUAAACGUCAUAUUAUUGAUUCGUCUUGGCUGGAUGAGCUAGAUGUAAGGGGAAUCAUUGAAGGAACAGAAGAGUAUCAAUCCAAGCCUACAGUAAAAUUUCCCGACAUUUGUGCAUCUAGUCUCGAAAAAACAUACGAUUUGUUAGAUAAUGACGAUUACUAUUCGUCUCUUUAUGGUUUUACUCUUCAAAGAUGCCAAAGUUCAUGCAACACUACCAGAGGUGACAUAACAAGAAGCUUGAUGAGAAAUUUCUUUACGGAGAUUGGGAUAAAGGUUUUUGAAUCGAAGACCGAAGAUUUGACAGGAACGACCGGACUGGAACAACUUUCGAGGGAAUUUUAUAAAAAUAUGGUUGACUGGAUGGAUAAUGUUUAUAUUUGUGCAUUCUUGGACGCAUGCUGUUGUAAACUUUCGAAAGGUGAUGGUUGA